GGAAUGAAACCAUUUUCUUCUAUGACCAUGAAGUUUGCAAACAUCUGGCUUGUUCUGGUUGUUAUCUUACUCUGUGGCAAAAAACACUUCGGUACCAGACUAGGGAACUCCUCUCAGGAGGCUCACCUGUGUCCUGGAUGUUCUCACCUUACUUUGAGAGUGGAAUUCACUUCGACGGUCGUGGAGCAUGAGUAUAUCGUGGCUUUUAAUGGCUACUUCACCGCUAAAGCUAGAAGUAAAUUUAUUUCAAGUGCCCUAAAAAGUAGUGAUAUUGAGAACUGGAGGAUUGUACCUCGUAACAACCCAGCCAGUGACUACCCCAGUGAUUUUGAAGUCAUUCAGAUCGAUGAGAAGCAGAGGGCCGGAGUUCUGAGGCUGGAAGAUCAUCCCAGCAUCAAGCGUGUGACGCCGCAGCGGAAGGUCUUCCGAUCGCUCAAGUAUUCCGAGUCUGAUCCCAUGGUGCAGUGCAAUGAAACCAGGUGGACUCAGAAGUGGCAGUCAUCUCGUCCCUUGAGAAGAGCAAGUCUCUCUUUAGGUUCUGGCUUCUGGCACGCCACAGGCAGACACUCGAGCAGGCGUUUGCUGAGGGCCAUCCCACGCCAAGUCGCUCAGACCCUGCAGGCAGAUGUCCUCUGGCAGAUGGGCUACACAGGUGCUGGUGUAAGAGUAGCAGUGUUUGACACUGGUCUGAGUGAGAAACACCCACACUUCAAAAAUGUGAAGGAGAGAACAAACUGGACUAAUGAGAGAACUUUGGAUGAUGGUUUAGGCCAUGGGACUUUUGUAGCAGGUGUAAUUGCCAGCAUGAGAGAAUGCCAGGGAUUUGCUCCAAAUGCAGAACUGCACAUUUUUAGAGUGUUCACCAAUAACCAGGUCUCAUACACAUCUUGGUUUCUGGAUGCCUUUAAUUAUGCCAUUCUAAAGAAGAUAGAUGUCUUGAAUCUAAGUAUUGGUGGGCCAGACUUCAUGGAUCAUCCAUUUGUUGACAAGGUAUGGGAACUGACAGCCAACAAUGUCAUCAUGGUCUCUGCCAUUGGCAAUGAUGGCCCUUUGUAUGGGACUCUGAAUAACCCUGCUGACCAGAUGGAUGUGAUCGGAGUAGGUGGCAUUGACUUUGAAGAUAACAUAGCUCGCUUUUCAUCUAGGGGAAUGACCACUUGGGAGCUGCCUGGAGGUUAUGGUAGAGUGAAGCCUGAUAUCGUUACUUACGGCUCUGGAGUGAGAGGUUCUGGUAUGAAAGGUGGAUGCCGCUCACUCUCUGGGACAAGCGUGGCAUCUCCUGUGGUGGCAGGUGCUGUUACUCUGCUAGUGAGCACAGUUCAGAAGCGUGAGAUGGUGAAUCCAGCGAGCAUGAAGCAGGCACUCAUUGCCUCAGCACGGAGGCUCCCUGGAGUCAACAUGUUUGAACAAGGGCAUGGCAAGCUGGAUCUUCUGAGAGCUUAUCAGAUCCUCAACAGCUAUAAACCACAGGCCAGUUUGAGUCCAAGCUAUAUUGACUUGACAGAAUGUCCCUACAUGUGGCCCUAUUGCUCUCAGCCCAUCUAUUAUGGAGGGAUGCCAACCAUUGUUAAUGUCACCAUCCUGAAUGGUAUGGGAGUCACUGGCAGAAUUGUAGACAAGCCAGACUGGCAACCCUAUCUCCCCCAGAAUGGGGACAACAUUGAAGUGGCUUUCUCCUAUUCUCCUGUGUUGUGGCCUUGGUCUGGAUACUUGGCAAUUUCCAUCUCUGUAGCCAAGAAAGCAGCAUCUUGGGAAGGCAUUGCUCAAGGUCAUGUUAUGAUCACAGUGUCAUCCCCUGCAGAAAAUGAAUCUAAGAGUGGUGCAGAGCAGAUUUCAACAGUGAAGCUUCCAAUAAAAGUGAAGAUUAUUCCCACUCCACCUCGCAGUAAACGAGUCCUCUGGGAUCAAUACCACAACCUCCGCUACCCACCGGGAUACUUCCCCAGAGACAACUUGAGGAUGAAGAAUGAUCCAUUAGAUUGGAAUGGUGACCAUAUCCACACCAACUUCAGGGACAUGUACCAGCACCUGAGGAGCAUGGGCUACUUCGUGGAGGUUCUUGGCUCCCCGUUCACCUGUUUCGAUGCAAGUCAGUAUGGGACUUUACUGAUGGUGGACAGUGAGGAGGAGUAUUUCCCUGAAGAGAUCACCAAGCUGAGGAGGGAUGUCGAUAACGGCCUCUCGCUGGUAGUGUUCAGUGACUGGUACAACACAUCUGUGAUGAGGAAGGUCAAGUUCUAUGAUGAAAACACAAGGCAGUGGUGGAUGCCUGACACUGGAGGUGCCAACAUACCAGCUCUCAAUGACCUGCUUUCUGUCUGGAACAUGGCUUUCAGUGAUGGGCUGUAUGAAGGUGACUUCACCAUGGCCAGUCAUGAAAUGAAUUAUGCCUCGGGCUGCAGCAUCGCGAAGUUCCCAGAAGAUGGCAUCGUCAUCGCACAGACCUUCAAGGAUCAAGGUCUUGAAGUUUUGAAGCAGGAGACUGCUGUGAUUGAGAAUGUCCCUAUUUUGGGGCUUUACCAAGUCCCUUCCGAGGGCGGCGGCAGGAUUGUCUUGUACGGCGACUCCAACUGCCUGGAUGACAGCCAUCGACAGAAAGAUUGCUUUUGGCUGCUGGACUCCCUCCUUCAGUACACUUCCUACGGGGUGACACCACCAAGCCUCAGCCAUUCUGAGAGCAGGCAGCGACCGCCGUCGGGAGCAGGCUCCUCUCUGCCCGAGCGGAUGGAAGGUAACCAUUUGCAUCGAUACUCAAAGGUGCUCGAGGCUCACUUGGGAGACCCUAAACCGCGGUCCCUUCCUGCUUGUCCUCACCUGUCCUGGGCCAAACCACAGCCUUUGAAUGAAACUGCCCCCAGCAACCUUUGGAAACAUCAGAAGUUGCUGUCAAUUGACCUUGACAAAGUGGCUCUGCCCAGCUUUCGACAGAACCGACCCCAAGUGAGACCCUUGUCCCCUGGAGAAAGCGGAGCGUGGGACAUUCCUGGAGGGAUAAUGCCCGGCCGGUACAACCAGGACGUGGGACAGACCAUUCCUGUCUUUGCUUUCCUCGGUGCCAUGGUGGUUCUGGCCUUCUUCGUGGUGCAGAUCAACAAAGCCAAGAGCAGGCCCAAGAGGCGGAAGCCCCGGGUGAAGCGGCCGCAGCUGAUGCAGCAGGCUCACCCGCCAAAGACGCCUUCCGUCUGACCGCGCGCUCGCCAAAGAUGCCCUCCUGCUGCUUGCCUCCCCGGGUGACCCACCGCUCCCGGUGAGGGUGGGAGUAGUUCACACCUGACAUCAUCUCAUAGUCCUUAGUUUCUGGAGAGGAAAAAGCAAGGACCUCAGCUGAUGGUCUGUGUGUAAAACCGCAGCUUCAAGCAGCUGGAGCCACCAAAGACCUGAAUCCCGUUCCAGUGGCUGCUUCAGUCACUGCGCAUCCCGAGAGCGGGGAACGGA